AUGCUACACUACCAGAGAACAAAUUCCACACUCCCAGAGAACAAAUUCCACACUCCCAGAGAACAAAUUCCACACUCCCAGAAAACAAAUUCCACACUACCAGAGAACAAAUUCCACACUACCAGAGAACAAAUUCCACACUACCAGAGAACAAAUUCCACACUACCAGAGAACAAAUUCCACACUACCAGAGAACAAAUUCCACACUACCAGAGAACAAAUUCCACACUACAAGAGAACAAAUUCCACACUCCCAGAGAACAAAUUUCACACUACCAGAGAACAAAUUCCACACUCCCAGAGAACAAAUUCCACACUCCCAGAGAACAAAUUCCACACUACCAGAGAACAAAUUCCACACUACCAGAGAACAAAUUCCACACUCCCAGAGAGAUAAAUAGAACAAAUUCCACACUACCAGAGAACAAAUUCCACACUACCAGAGAACAAAUUCCACACUACCAGAGAACAAAUUCCACACUACCAGAGAACAAAUUCCACACUACCAGAGAACAAAUUCCACACUACCAGAGAACAAAUUCCACACUACCAGAGAACAAAUUCCACACUCCCAGAGAACAAAUUCCACACUCCCAGAGAGAUAAAUGCGACACUACCAUAGAAUUCAAAAGCGAUACUAACAGAGAACAAAUUCCACACUCCCAGAGAGAUAAAUGCGACACUACCAUAGAAUUCAAAAGCGAUACUAACAGAGAACAAAUUCCACACUCCCAGAGAACAAAUUCCACACUCCCAGAGAACAAAUUCCACACUCCCAGAGAACAAAUUCCACACUCCCAGAGAACAAAUUCCACACUACCAGAGAACAAAUUCCACACUACCAGAGAACAAAUUCCACACUACCAGAGAACAAAUUCCACACUCCCAGAGAACAAAUUCCACACUCCCAGAGAACAAAUUCCACACUACCAGAGAACAAAUUCCACACUCCCAGAGAACAAAUUCCACACUACCAGAGAACAAAUUCCACACUCCCAGAGAACAAAUUCCACACUACCAGAGAACAAAUUCCACACUCCCAGAGAACAAAUUCCACACUCCCAGAGAACAAAUUCCACACUCCCAGAGAACAAAUUCCACACUACCAGAGAACAAAUUCCACACUACCAGAGAACAAAUUCCACACUACCAGAGAACAAAUUCCACACUCCCAGAGAACAAAUUCCACACUCCCAGAGAACAAAUUCCACACUACCAGAGAACAAAUUCCACACUCCCAGAGAACAAAUUCCACACUACCAGAGAACAAAUUCCACACUCCCAGAGAACAAAUUCCACACUCCCAGAGAACAAAUUCCACACUCCCAGAGAACAAAUUCCACACUACCAGAGAACAAAUUCCACACUCCCAGAGAACAAAUUCCACACUACCAGAGAACAAAUUCCACACUACCAGAGAACAAAUUCCACACUCCCAGAGAACAAAUUCCACACUCCCAGAGAACAAAUUCCACACUACCAGAGAACAAAUUCCACACUACCAGAGAACAAAUUCCACACUCCCAGAGAGAUAAAUGCGACACUACCAUAGAAUUCAAAAGCGAUACUAACAGAGAACAAAUUCCACACUCCCAGAGAACAAAUUCCACACUACCAGAGAACAAAUUCCACACUCCCAGAGAACAAAUUCCACACUACCAGAGAACAAAUUCCACACUCCCAGAGAACAAAUUCCACACUCCCAGAGAACAAAUUCCACACUCCCAUAGAACAAAUUCCACACUCCCAGAGAACAAAUUCCACACUACCAGAGAACAAAUUCCACACUACCAGAGAACAAAUUCCACACUCCCAGAGAACAAAUUCCACACUACCAGAGAACAAAUUCCACACUCCCAGAGAACAAAUUCCACACUACCAGAGAACAAAUUCCACACUCCCAGAGAACAAAUUCCACACUCCCAGAGAACAAAUUCCACACUCCCAGAGAACAAAUUCCACACUACCAGAGAACAAAUUCCACACUCCCAGAGAACAAAUUCCACACUACCAGAGAACAAAUUCCACACUACCAGAGAACAAAUUCCACACUCCCAGAGAACAAAUUCCACACUCCCAGAGAACAAAUUCCACACUACCAGAGAACAAAUUCCACACUACCAGAGAACAAAUUCCACACUCCCAGAGAGAUAA